CGGACAUUCAAUCGCGGGGCAUUAGGGAAACUUUUUCUUUAAUAGCGUACUGUGAAUUGUUUGUAAUGGAGCUUUUAUUGCUGUCAAAUUGUGUUCUUGUUAAUAAACCUCCUCCCCUUUGGCUGUCCCGUUCUCGGUCGGAGCCUAUAAAAGUCUCUGCUUCUUUGCAAGUUUCAUACACGAUACCAACUCUUCUACAGACGACGACACAACCGCCCUUCUCUACAGUUCGAGAGCUCAAGACCCGAGGGGGAAAACCCCCACAUGCCAAGGGGGCAGUUUCGCGUCGAUUCCUAAAUCAAUAGUCCAGGUCCGCGUUGCCCCUCGAUCUAUAUUUACCCCAGCUCCUACUCCUCGUCGUCGCGAUGAAGUACGUGCUGGUUAGCGGAGGCGUUAUAAGCGGCAUUGGAAAGGGCAUCAUAGCCUCUUCUGCCGGCCUGCUCCUGAAGACCACCGGACUUAAAGUUACGGCAAUUAAGAUCGACCCAUAUCUGAAUGUUGAUGCCGGUACUCUGGGGCCACUCGAGCAUGGCGAAUGUUUUGUACUCAAGGAUGGGGGCGAGUCGGAUCUAGAUCUCGGGAACUAUGAGCGUUACCUCAACCUCAACCUCACGAAUGAGAAUAAUAUAACAACUGGGAGGAUAUACAAGGCUGUCAUCGAACGGGAACGGAGAGGGGACUAUAUAGGACGCACCGUCCAGGUCGUUCCUCACAUUACGGAUGCCAUCCAAGACUGGAUUCAACGAGUGGCCAAGAUACCCGUCGAUGAUAGCGGAGAGGAGCCCGAUGUCUGCAUCAUUGAAUUAGGCGGCACAGUUGGCGAUAUUGAAAGCAUGCCAUUUGUUGAGGCAUUGACCUAUUUCCGGUACAAGGUUGGCAAGGGGAACAUGGUCAACAUCCAUGUCUCCUAUGUGCCUAUCAUCCACGGGGAGGAGAAGACCAAGCCCACGCAACACGCUAUCAAGCAGAUGCGGAGCGCUGGCUUGAUACCAGAUUUGAUUGCAUGUCGCUGCGAACGUCCGCUCAACACGGUCACAACGCAGAAGAUUGCCCGAAGUUGCCAGGUCGAGUUUGAGCAAGUUGUCACAGUCCGAGAUAUAGAGACGAUUUAUCAAGUACCUCUCCUCCUCGAGGAGCAGGGCCUCCUUGACCGGCUCCGUGAGGCGCUAAUGCUGGAUCAAUUGCCGCUCUCGGAGCCCUUAGUCCGCAAAGGCUCAAACCUGUGGGAACUGUGGAAGAAGACGGUCGUGUCAAAACCCUACCUGGACCCGGUGAACAUUGCUUUGGUUGGAAAGUAUAUCGCACUCCCCGAUAGUUACCUAUCCGUAAUCAAGGCACUAGAGCAUUCAGCCAUGCGAUGUAAUCGUAAACUGAACUUGAUAUGGAUCGACGCAGAGCAUCUUGAAGAUGCAACACUGCAGAGCGACCCUACGACAUAUCAUAGAGCCUGGUCACAGCUUACCAUUGCAUCUGGUUGUAUCUGCCCUGGUGGGUUCGGUAGUCGAGGGGUGCCGGGGAUGGUGAAAGCAGCCAAGUGGGCUCGUGAGUGCAAAGUCCCCUACUUGGGCAUCUGUCUGGGUAUGCAGGUUGCUGUUAUUGAAGCCGCAAGGAACCUCUGCGGCUACGUGGACGCAACAUCGGAAGAGUUCGACCAGCAUGCGGAGCACCAAGUCAUCAUCUUCAUGCCGGAAGGCUCCAAGGAGAUCAUGGGGGCUACAAUGAGACUUGGUACGAAGGCAACCCAUUUCCAGCCUGGGAGCGAGUGGAGUAAACUUCGCGCCUUGUAUGGGGAUAACACCAUCAUGGAGGAGAGACAUCGACAUCGUUAUGAGGUUAACCCUGACUUCAUCAAAGAACUGGAACAGUCUGGGCUUAACUUCAUUGGUAAGGAUGAAACAGGUAGACGCAUGGAAGUGGUUGAACUAAAGGACCAUCCCUUCUUUGUUGGCGUCCAAGCACACCCGGAGUUUACCUCUCGUGUCCUCGCUCCGUCCCCUACGUACCUUGGGUUCGUGGCAGCUAGUAUAGGAUGUCUUGACGAAGUUAUUCGGGAUAUACGGCAGCAACGAGAGCUUUCUGAUAAGGCUCACUUUUAAUAAACUACCUAGAUAUAUAGAUAUACAGCUAUAGCUUAGGUUGUUUAUAGAGACUAGGGGAUAAUUGCAAUAUUAAAUUAUUUUAUAAUUUAUAAUCUGUCAUAUAGCCCUAGGCUAUAUAUACUUUAAGCUUGAU